AUGACUCGCUCCAGCCUCUCGGUCAGCUACUUCGCCUUCACGGCGCUUCACCUUGUCUGCUUUGCGCUUGCACUCACCGUCUGUGGCCUUUACGGCACCGACCUGCAGCGGGCGAAGCAUUUUGACGAAUAUACCAACUCCAAAUGGGUCUAUGCCGUCGUAGUUGGCGCCUUGUCGGCAGCCACAUGCGCUCUCUACUUCAUCCCCUUCAUCAUUGAGGCCGGCACCAUCUUUGUUGCCGCCUGGGAUGCGAUCCUUUUCGUCCUGUGGAUCACGCUCUUCGGUGUCUUUGGCAAGCUGUACAUUGACGAGAAUGCCCACGGCGACGGUAACAUCGAGCGCAUGAAGCAUGCCGUCUGGGUUGACCUCACCAGCGCUCUGCUCUGGCUGGCUGCGACUGUUGCCACGCUCGCCUACUGGUGGAAGCAUCGCCAAACUCGUACCGUCUUUACUGGCCGUGCCAAAGUCUAG